AUGGUAGUGGUGGCGAUGAUGGCAUUUGAUGUCGGAGCGUAUCAAAUUAGGAAUGAUGCAGACGCGGAGGUUGAAAUAAUGAAAUUCGAAGAGGAAGCUAAUCGACGCAUGGAAUCCGAUACUUCUAAUGUAUUUCCCCAUGGAAUUGCCUCAAAUUCUUCUUCUCCGCCGCAAGGACCACCGACCAACAAUUCUAGCUUGAUUACGUUGAUUUUGAGUUGUACUGUUGCCGCUGGUGUUCAAUUUGGAUGGGCCCUGCAACUCUCGCUUCUAACACCUUACAUUCAGACACUUGGAAUAGGGCAUGCAUUCUCUUCCUUUAUCUGGCUUUGUGGUCCUAUUACAGGUCUUGUGGUUCAACCUUGUGUUGGCAUUUGGAGUGACAAAUGCUCUUCAAAAUAUGGAAGAAGACGACCAUUUAUUCUAAUUGGAUCCCUCAUGAUAUCACUUGCUGUGAUAAUUAUCGGGUUUUCUGCAGACAUUGGAUACUUCUUCGGAGAUACAAAAGAACAUUGCAGCACAUUCAAAGGUACUCGUACAAGAGCAGCUUUCGUGUUCAUCUUAGGAUUUUGGAUGUUGGACCUUGCUAACAACACAGUUCAGGGCCCUGCCCGAGCUCUUCUCGCUGAUUUAGCAGGCCCUGAUCAAAGAAACUCAGCAAAUGCUAUAUUUUGCUCAUGGAUGGCAAUUGGAAACAUUUUAGGAUUUUCAUCUGGUGCUAGUGGAAAUUGGCAUAGAUGGUUCCCUUUCUUGACAAAUAGAGCUUGUUGUGAGGCUUGUGGAAAUCUAAAAGCAGCAUUUUUAGUUGCAGUGAUUUUUCUUACGUUUUGCACAAUGGUGACACUCUACUUUGCAAAAGAGGUUCCAUUAGCACCAAAACAACAUCUGAGGUUAUCAGACGCAGUCCCUCUUGUCGAGGAUCCACCGCAUCAUGACCAUAGUCCUGACCACACCGAAUCAAAACCCCGGAAAAACGCAGUUCACCACAAAGUAGGAAACAUGCCCGAAAGUGUUUUCGAAUUGGACACCAAUGAAAGAAACGCUGACUCAGCAGCUAAAGAUCAAGUCGAGACUUUUAGCGACAGUCCAGGAGCUGUCCUGGUCAACCUUUUGACCAGCUUACGCCAUUUACCAUUAGGAAUGCACUCUGUCCUUCUCGUAAUGGCCCUUACUUGGUUGUCGUGGUUUCCUUUUUUUCUUUUUGAUACAGAUUGGAUGGGUAGAGAGGUGUAUCAUGGUGAUCCAAAGGGAAGUGCGAUUGAAAUCAAAGCUUAUGAUGAAGGUGUAAGAGAAGGUGCAUUUGGUUUGCUAUUGAACUCAGUGGUUCUUGGUAUAAGUUCGUUUCUAAUCGAGCCAAUGUGUCAAUUGAUCGGUUCGAAAUAUUUAUGGGCAGUAAGCAAUUUUAUUGUGUUUGCUUGCAUGGCGGGAACUGCAAUUAUUACUUUAAUUUCUUUGGGGGAAUCACAAGGGAUCGGAGGAAAUGAAGCAAUAAAAAAUGCUUCGUUGGUUGUGUUUGCCAUUCUUGGACUUCCUCUUGCUAUAACUUACAGUGUUCCCUUCUCUAUGACAGCAGAUCUAACCGCUGAUACAGGAGGUGGCCAAGGAUUGGCGAUUGGGGUUUUGAAUCUUGCAAUUGUAAUACCACAGAUGAUUGUGUCACUUGGUGCGGGCCCAUGGGACGCGUUAUUUGGUGGAGGGAAUGUCCCGGCGUUUGUUCUUGCUUCUGUAAGCGCUCUUGCUGCUGGGAUUAUAGCAACUUUAAAGCUUCCAUCUCCAAACAAUUCUUAUAAACCAAUAGGAGGCUUCCAUUUUGGAUGA